AUGGGUGUGCGCAAAUUAAAUGGUACCAUUGUAACUACUGCUGUUGUCGUGACCACAAGUAGCACGAAUGUUGUAUUAACUGCCACAAGCAAGACGACUGUUAAUACGAUAACGACUAUUGGUGUAACUACGAGUACUGUGACUACUGUUAGCAUAAACGAAUAA